AUGAGCGAGAUCACUCACCCCACUAUCCAGGAUGGCUGGUUCUCCGAGAAGUCCGGCAUGUGGCCCGGCCAGGCCAUGAGCCUCAAGGUUGACCGUGUGCUGCACCACGAGAAGUCCAAGUACCAGGACGUCCUGAUCUUCGACUCCAGCGACUACGGCACCGUCCUCGUUCUGGACAACGUCAUCCAGUGCACCGAGCGUGAUGAGUUCUCCUACCAGGAGAUGAUCGCCCACCUGGCCCUGAACUCCCACCCCAACCCCGAGAAGGUUCUCGUCAUCGGCGGUGGUGACGGUGGUGUCCUGCGCGAGGUCGUCAAGCACGAGUCCGUCAAGUCCGCCACGCUUUGCGACAUUGAUGAGGCUGUCAUUCGUCUCUCCAAGAAGUACCUGCCCGGCAUGGCCGUCGGCUUCGAGCACCCCAACGCCCACACCUACGUCGGUGACGGUUUCGAGUUCCUCAAGACUCACAAGAACGAGUUCGAUGUUAUCAUCACCGACUCCUCUGACCCCGAGGGUCCCGCCGAGACUCUCUUCCAGAAGCCCUACUUUGAGCUCCUCAACGAUGCCCUCCGCGAUGGCGGUGUCAUCACUACCCAAGGUUCCGAGAACCAAUGGCUCCACCUCUCUCUCAUCGCUGACCUGAAGAAGUCCUGCAACGAGGUCUUCCCCGUCGCUGAGUACGCCUACACCACCAUCCCCACCUACCCCUCCGGCCAGAUCGGCUUCAUGGUCUGCUGCAAGGACGCCACCCGCAACGUCAAGGAGCCUCUCCGCUCCUGGUCCCCCGAGGAGGAGGAGCGUCUGUGCCGCUACUACAACAAGGAGAUCCACCGCGCCAGCUUUGUCCUGCCUAACUUUGCUCGCAAGGCUCUGAGCAACUAA